AUGGAGUACAUCGAGCAUGAAACCAAUCUGGGCGCCGCUCUGAAUUUGCCAGAGUUCAACAGAUUCGAAAAGCUGUACGGCCAAAAGCCGACAUCCUCCUUGAAUUAUCUAGAAGACCCCCUCCCGAGAAUUGGGUAUAUCACUGAGACCCAAGAAGACACGUUUAAUGUCGCGGCACAACCUCUUCUUACCUUGCCUAUGAACGAACUCAUUCGUCUUGCACCCUCCCCGCUCAAGGAGUCAAGGCUCCCACAACCAACUUUCUCAACGCUCAUUGAUCUCGUCCUACAUUUCCACCCUCGCAGACCUCUACAAAGCUCACCUCCUAUACUCGCCUACGAGCGCUCCCUCGCCUCAUCCGCCUCCGAUACUGGUCUCUUCAGGAUCUGGUGCAACGACUUACGCCCUGCCCUACCAACGUUCUACUCAAUGCAAGCCUGCAAAUCAUCGACGUCGUCGACUGGGAGUUUACCUAUGCGCCCCCUGUUGAGUGGUUUGGACGCCUGGAGUCGAGAGUAUAAGGAACGGGUUACUACCUUUUUGAAGGCCAUGCGGGAGCGGGAGGAUAAGAGUAUCAAGCCCGGCACAUUGACGGAUGACCAGAAAUUGACGGGUCGUAUGCGGGACAGUUGGGAGAGGGGCGAUUUUUGGAUCGAGAGCUUUACCUUUGAUGCUCUAUAUUGGACCAGAGGCAUUUUCAGAGUUUAG